UAACCUCUCUAACCCUACUCCACAUUGAAUUACAUACAAACAAACGUAAUUAUCUCCCUCAUAAUAUUUGUUGCUACCAAACAUUUCAAGCACCGAACAUUCAGGUGAACGAACAUUUACGUAAACAUAACAAUCUUAAUAUUUUCUUUUUUUAAGUUCAAAAGGUUAUAUUACGUGAUCAUGGCAAUGGAAAGUCGAGAAAUCUCUACCAAUGAUCUUAAUGUAAAGAGAGGAGAACCGAUUCGAGUUCAACCGGCGGAAGAAACAGAAAACGGACUAUAUUUUCUUUCGAAUCUGGACCAGAAUAUCGCGGUUCCAAUGCGUACAAUUUACUGCUUUAAAUCAGAAUCUAGAGGAAAUGAAGAAGCUGGAGAAGUUAUUAAGGAUGCUUUGUCGAAGAUUCUUGUUCCUUAUUAUCCUAUGGCAGGGAAGUUGAUUAUAAGCUCAGAAGGGAAGUUGAUAGUGGAUAAUACUGGAGAAGGUGCUGUUUUUGUUGAGGCUGAAGCAGAUUGUGCUGUAGAUGAAAUUGGUGAUUUGAGAAAACCAGAUCCUGAUAAGCUUGGGAAAUUGGUUUAUGAUCUUCCAGGUGCUAAGAGUAUAUUGGAGAUGCCUCCAAUGACAGUUCAGGUGACAAAGUUCAAAUGUGGAGGAUUCACGUUGGGACUCAACAUGCUCCACUGCAUGAAAGAUGGACUAUCUGCCAUGGAGUUUGUCAAUGCAUGGGCUCAAACAGCAAGAGGUUUAGACUUCAAACUCCCCCCAUUUAUCGAUCGAACCAUACUCAAAUCGCGCAACCCUCCGAAAAUUGAGUUCCACCACCACGAAUUCGACGAAAUCGAAGACCUUUCAAACGCCGAAAAAACCUAUCAAGGCGAAAAAAUCAUCCACGAAUUCGACGAAAUCGAAGACCUUUCAAACGCCGAAAAAACCUAUCAAGGCGAAAAAAUCAUCCACAAAUCCUUCCUUUUCGACCCCGAAAAGCUCGACUCGCUCAAGAAAAAGGCCACGGAAGACGGAGUUUUGAAAAAAUGUUCGACUUUCGAAGCACUCUCGGCUUUCGUCUGGCGAUCCAGAACUUCGGCUUUAAGCAUGCAUCCUAAUCAACAAACGAAACUUCUCUUCGCGGUCGACGGACGGUCGAGAUUCGUCCCGCCGAUUCCAAAGGGAUACUUUGGUAACUCCAUUGUGCUAACAAACUCUAUGUGCAAAGCAGAUGAAUUACUGAAGAACCCUUUUUCAUUUUCAGCUGCAUUGGUUCACAAUGCAAUUGAUAUGAUCAAUGAUAGUUACAUGAGAUCUGCUAUUGAUUAUUUCGAAGUUACAAGAGCUAGACCUUCUUUAACGGCAACACUUUUGAUCACAACUUGGACCAAAUUGUCUUUUGACACAACAGAUUUUGGUUGGGGUGAACCACUUUGUUCUGGUCCUGUGACAUUGCCAGAAAAAGAAGUUGUUUUGUUCUUGUCACAUGGUCAGGAAAAGAAAAGUAUAAGUGUUCUUCUUGGUUUGCCUGCUUCUGCUAUGGAACGUUUUGAAGACUUGGUGAUGAAUAUGGUAUGAAAUAAAUCAAUUCUUCAUAUAGCAUAUACUGCAUACAUAUAUAUACCUAUAUAUAUCUUUUAUGUGUAAACAGUUUGCUAAGAUAUUAAAGUGUUUUGUUAAAUUUGUAAUAAAGGUGUCGAGUAUAUAUAAUGAAUUGUGUGUUAAUGGGCUCAAA